UCCUCGAGAGCCGCGUGUUGUUUAUGAAGCCAUUUCAUAUCAACACGUCUCACGUUACUAAAUACAAACAAUUAUUCAAAACAAGAAGAGAUGAAAGUCACACUUAACUGAAAAGGAAAGAUUUAGCCGAGGUAAAUGAAGUCGUUUUCAUAUUGACGUUUGAGAGUAUAAACGAAAUUCUGGAAAGGAUUAAUAAUAAAAGGACCGAAACCUCUUCAGUAAUACGAAAGAUCUCUACAUAUUAUAUUAAAUAAUGGAACCCCAAAAUGAUAUUGCAAGAGAUGCUGUGCUUGUUCAGUCAGAAGCAGUCCCUGAAGGGACACCAGUGGUUCAAGGCUAUGACUACAACAAUGGCAUUGAUUAUCAGAAGCUCUUGGAGACUUACAGAUAUUCAGGAUUUCAAGCAACUAGUUUUGGCUGUGCAGUAGAGGAGAUCAGGAAAAUGAUUGAGUCUAGGGAAUCACCAUUACCUGAAGAAUUCACUCCUGAUUCAGAAGAUGAAUUUAUUAAGAUCAGAAAUAAUUGCACCAUUUUUCUGGGGUAUACGUCCAAUAUGGUGUCUUGUGGAGUCAGGGAGACAAUAAGGUUUCUUGUAGAGCACCAUUUAGUGGACUGCCUCGUUACAACUGCAGGAGGGGUAGAAGAAGAUCUCAUAAAAUGCCUGGCCCCAACUUACCUAGGUGAUUGGUAUCUGAAAGGGAAGGAGUUACGAAUGAAAGGACUCAAUCGAAUUGGCAACCUUAUUGUGCCAAAUGAUAAUUAUUGUAAAUUUGAGGACUGGGUAACACCACUACUAGACAAAAUGCUUGAAGAACAACAGUCUAAGGGAAUAGUGUGGUCCCCAUCUAAAAUUAUUGCACGUCUAGGUGAAGAAAUAGGAGAUCCUUCCUGUAUUGCAUAUUGGGCUGCUAAGAAUAAGAUUCCAAUUUUUAGUCCUGCAUUGACUGAUGGUAGUCUUGGAGACAUGAUGUAUUUCCAUAGCAUAAAGAAUCCAGGCUUGAUUGUAGACAUCAAUUCUGAUCUAAGAAGACUCAAUCAGUUUGCCAAGAAAUCUCUAAAUACUGGAAUGGUGAUAGUAGGCGGCGGAAUCAUCAAGCACCAUAUAUGCAAUGCUAAUCUCAUGAGAAAUGGUGCUAAUUUUUCAGUGUUUCUGAAUACUGCAAGUGAAUGGGAUGGCAGUGAUAGUGGUGCUCGACCAGAUGAGGCAGUCUCAUGGGGAAAGAUUAAAAUGGAUUCAACCCCUGUUAAAAUCUAUGGGGAAGCAUCAUUUGUAUUCCCAUUGUUAGUUGGUGAAACAUUUGCCAAGCAUUAUCACAGGAAAAAGACAGCACAGUAAAAGCUGGUUAUAUGAAUAUGUUUGGAACAUAUUAAAUUGUUAUCAAGA